GUAUCCCCAUGAGUGAUUGGAUGAGGUGAAGCUUUAAAAAUCGGGAUUGUGUUGAACACAAUUUUAGUAAAUAUUAGUCGAGGAAGAAGAAUACAUCUUUGCUGCAACUGGUUUGGACAAGUCAUGAGUGGAUGUCCAUACUUCGAGAAGAGGCAUUUGUUAUUCAAAAACAAGCCUCCCAAAACAGAAGAAGAUGAGGAUGCCUCUCAGGCAGGGGUUAACAAUGCCAGUAAAGGAGGAAUCAUCUAUGGCGACUACCUACAGCUCGACAAAAUAGUCUCAGCCCAGGUGUUGCAGAGUGAAGUAAAGGGUAAUAAGAUCCAUGAUGAGCACCUCUUCAUUGUCACCCAUCAAGCCUAUGAACUGUGGUUCAAACAGAUUUUGUUUGAACUUGACUCCGUGAGAGAGAUCUUCAUCAGUGGACACGUCAGGGACGAACGCAAUAUGCUCAAAGUCAACACUCGCAUCCACAGGAUUGUAAUGAUCUUCAGACUGUUGGUCGACCAGUUUGCAGUUUUGGAAACAAUGACAGCCUUGGACUUUUUUGACUUUAGGGAUUACCUGUCUCCAGCCUCUGGAUUUCAAAGCCUUCAGUUUCGGCUCUUGGAGAACAAAAUCGGGGUUCCAGACAACCAGAGGGUUCCAUACAACAGACGCCAUUACAGGGACAAUUUCAAGGGUCAUGACAGUGAGAUGCUGCUCGCCACUGAACAGGAGCCAACACUCUUAAAACUAGUUGAGGAGUGGCUGGAGAGAACUCCUGGCUUGGAGGUGGAUGGAUUCAAUUUCUGGGAAAGGCUGGAAAUCAAUAUAUUUGAUAAGCUGAAUCAGGAGAAGGAGAAAAUUGAGAAAAUGCCAGAUUCUGAGGAGAAGGAGGACCUGAUGGCUGAGCUGGUCAAACAGAAAGAGCUGUUCACUUCUCUGUUUGAUGAAAAGCGUCAUGACCAUCUCCUUAGCAAAGGUGAGAGACGGCUCUCUUACAAGGCUCUCCAAGGCGCCCUGAUGAUCUACUUCUACAGGGAAGAGCCGAGGUUCCAGGUUCCUUUCCAGCUACUCACAUCCCUCAUGGAUAUUGACACCCUCAUGACAAAAUGGAGACACAAUCAUGUAUGCAUGGUGCAUCGUAUGAUUGGCAGCAAAGCCGGCACAGGGGGCUCAUCUGGCUACCACUACCUGAGAUCUACUGUCAGUGACCGCUACAAAGUGUUUGUGGACCUGUUCAACCUGGCAACGUUCCUAGUGCCUCGCCACUGGGUGCCCAAGCUAAAUCCCAAUGUUCAUACGUUCCUCUACAUGGCCGAAUGCUGCGACAGCUCCUACUGCAGCAGUGAAGACUCAGACUGAGGGUCAUCUCAGUCAUCUGCCCUGGCUUCCUUUCUUUCCCUGUAACUGACCUCGCAACAGUAGAUCCUGUGCACAGCUGAAAAGUUUGAGUGCCAGGAGCGUAGGUGAAUAGGUAGCUAUCAAAAUAUACAAAGAAACACGCAGCUCAGAUAUGCAUGACAUCAGGUCGAUGUACCUCAGAAAGCCCAUACAUUGAAAAAUUGUAUGCUUUGUCAAGAAAUCAGGGCAUACAUCCGGUUUUUGCACACAACACUCAAAAACUACAUAGGAUGAUGAAGGAAACUCUUAAAAACACAAUAAGAUGGCAUUUUGUCAGAAGGAAGGAUCAUUUAACAUGGUUAACAAUGUAAACCAUCAAAAUAUAGAAGGUAUUAUUGGUUGGAAUGUUUAGACUCUACUAGAUCUACUUUUCUAGAAGUCUUGGGAUUGUGACAUGUAAAUACAGAAAAAUAACAAAAUGUGUUAAUUUUAAUGUUAAUGUCAAGCAAGGAGAAAAAACUAUUUUUCAUCUCAUUGUGACACUAAAGGCAUUCCAAAUAUCCUCCAAUUAUGUUAACAAAGAACAGAACAGAAAAUCACUAGUUCAUUAAUUACAUCGGGCUGCAGCAUCAAGGUUCAUAACCAAGAAACCUGUGAUGCAGUGUCUGACCCAUAUUGCCAAAUUAGACUAUUUUACUCUAAUGUCUAAUCUUGACUGGUCAUGAAGUAUGGCAGAUGGCUCUUUGAUAAGAUUUGCUUAGAUGUUUUCUCAAUAAAAUUAUGUAAAAUCAGUGUGACUGACCUGAAAGCAAAUGGAUCAGUGAUCAAACUGGUAGCGAUGAUGGGCUUUUACGAAUGCAUUAUUUUUCAUGUCAGCGUGAGGAAGGUGUCAGAGAGCCAUUUCAGACUAUUGGGAUGUGGCUUAGGUUUGAGGAGGAGUACAUAAAACCUCUGUAUAAACAAUCAAUGCCAACAUCUAAAAUAGAACAAUUUGCACAUGUGAAACUAUAAAAUGUGAAACUAUAAAAUAUGAACCACAAAAUUUGUACAUAUGUGCAUGUACAUAUUUGUUAAUAAUGUGUAAUAAUGUUUUGUAUAGUAUACUCUAUGGUGUUAAAUUAAUUUUGUUAUGCACUUAUGCAGUGAUUGACGUCAUCUCUGUAUAGAUAGUUAUGAGCCAUAUCACCUAAAAUAUAUAUCUACCUUAUGUAUUUAAUAUGAUACAUUUUUGUACUGUGAAUCUAUUCUUAUUAUUACAGUUUUGAAGUGUUGUGUGUGUUGAUUGGUCAGGUAUGGUACAUUUAUCAGCAUAUAAAGUGAUUUAUUUUGUUUUAGUGAUGUAACUGGUGACAUUUCAAUUAAAACACAUUGAAAGUGA